AACAGACCUUUACACUUUACUCUAGAGUUGUGCAACUCACCCGUCGACAAAGAAGGAUACCUGUAUAAAAAGGGUGAGAGAAACACUUCCUAUCAGAAGCGCUGGUUUGUGCUUAAGGCAAACUUGCUCUUCUAUAAGGAACGACCCAACGAUCGGGACCUGGUUGGCGUCAUCAUUCUUGAGGGCUGCUCGGUCCAGCUGUGUGAGUCUGAGGAGCAGUUUGCCUUUUCGCUUGUUUGGAACAGCGAACUGGGCCUGCGAACCUACAAGUUUGCCACUGAGGACCAGGCCAGUCAGGAAAGCUGGAUCCGGGCCCUGCUGUCAGCCAACCACAGCUACAUAACAGCAUUAGUCACGGACCUGGAGAAGCAGUAUAAAGAGGCCAAGAAAGCAAUUCCUGGAAACCUAACAAUACCCUCAUUUGUUGGCCCAAACAUGGAGAAGCCAACUCCGCAACUGGCUUGGCUGAACACUGGAGCCUCAACCUUCUUACAGUAUCCAGGCAUGGGAACCAGACAUAGCUCUAGCAUAAAUCAAACACUAAAGGCUCCUCCCAUUUCCUCUAAACCAGCCAAUAAGAGGUCUCCAAAACUCUGGCCCAAGCGAAAUGCAAAUGUUGUGCCUAUUAAUGAACCAACCCCACCUCAAGGGGAGUGGUCAGGGAUAAGGUCAUUUAGUGAAUUGCAUGAGGACUACGGCAAAGAGGUGAAGGAACUGAUUGCUGAAUGGUUAGGAAGGGGAAAGGAAGUUGUCCUUCAGGAAGAGGACUUAAUUGAUUUUGGUUGACUAUGCAUUGGAUAUCACUAUAAGCAUGUAAUAGUCAAAGGAGUCCAUACCAAAUGUAAUGUACCAAAUGUUUUUAUUAUUUUUUAAACUGUAAGGUUUUAACAAUCAACUUCAGUUGUAACUAAGCUGAUUCAGCUUUUCAACCAGCUAAUUAACAGAAUCCAUGAUCUAGAUUAAGGUUGGAAACACCGAACAAGGUUAAAAAGCACAGGCAUUUGUGAAUUGUGAAGUUAAUUAUAAAAUGAUUAUUUUAAUUGUUUUCUGCCAUCAGUGUUAACUGAUUGGAAAAAAAUGUUUUUGCUAGAAGUACAGUGUGCCAGAUUUGAGCCCAUACUGCAACAC